AUGAGCGCACGCAGAGAGAGCCUGACUCUCCAGAAUGCGGACGAGAAAGGACCCAUCGAGACAGCUCCGUUGGGGGAGCAUGCCCGUGGGCGUCAGUUCAGCAUCGAAGCUCAAGAUGUCGCCAUCGUUGAAGCCGAUCAGAGAAAGCUGCAUCGGAACCUGAAGGGACGCCACAUGCAGAUGAUUGCUAUUGGCGGAGCUAUCGGUGCCGGUCUGUUCAUUGGCAGCGGCGGUGCUUUCCAGACUGGUGGUCCCGGUGCGGUGCUGAUUGGUUUUAUGAUAAUUGUCGACCAAAGUUAUUUGAUGAUGCAAGCUCUGGCUGAACUGACGGUGAUGUAUCCUAUCAACGGUGCCUUCACGAUGUACAUUGUCAGGUUUAUCGAUCCUUCCUGGGGCUUCGCCUGUGGCUGGCAGUACGGCAUCAGCUGGCUUACAGUGCUCCCGUUCGAGAUCUCGGCGGCAUGCAACAUCAUUCACUUUUGGUCAGGCAUUGAGGACGUCAAUAACGCUGCAUGGAUCGUGCCGCUGUUGUUCUUGCUCGUAGUCAUACAGAUCUUUGGUGUCCGAGGAUAUGGAGAGGUUGAAUUCGUUCUCAGCCUGAUCAAAAUCAUUGCUUGCGUUGGGUUCAUGAUCCUUGGAAUUAUCAUCGACUGUGGUGGUGUCCCGACCGACGACAGAGGCUACAUCGGUGCAAGAUAUUGGCACUCACCAUACAGCGCCUUCCUCAACGGUUUCCACGGCUUCUGUGGUGUCUUCGUAACGGCAUCAUUCGCCUUCAGCGGCACUGAGCUCACCGGGCUCGCAGCUGCCGAAGCAGACGAUCCACGCAAAGAAAUCCCCCGGGCUACCCGGCAGGUGGUGUGGCGUAUAUGCAUCUUCUAUCUCGUUAACUUGUUCCUGAUCGGGUUGAUUGUGCCAGCAAACAGCGAUCUCUAUUCAUCUGAGGGAUCUACUAGUCGCCAUUCGCCAUUUGUCAUCGCGAUCGAGCUGGCGAACAUCAAAGCUCUCCCUUCGAUCUUCAAUGCCGUGAUUCUUAUCUCGGUGAUGAGUGUCGCAAACUCAUGCACAUUUGGGUCGACUCGUACUUUCCAAGCUUUGGCACAGCACGGUAUGGGCCCGAAGAUCUUCGCAUAUGUCGACCGCAAGGGCCGCCCGCUGGUCGUCACUCUCCUCCAGCUUCUUUUCGGAUGUCUUGCCUUUAUUAAUCUGGCGCCGAGUGGAGGCGAUAUCUUCAACUGGCUGCUGGCCUUGUCCGGCCUAUCUUCGUUCUUCAUCUUUGGUAGCAUUGCCAUAGCUCACAUUCGCUUCCGACAGGCUUGGAAACUUCAAGGUCACAGUGUUGACGAGCUACCCUUCAAAGCCGCAUUUGGCGUCUAUGGCUCAUAUAUCUGUGCCAUCAUGAACUUCAUUUGUCUGAUGGCACAGUUCUACACCGCCCUGUAUCCGGUCGGAGGCCCGAAUCUCGACCCGGAAACAUUCUUCGAGCUCUACCUGGCCGGCCCCUUCUUGGUGGCCUUGUACAUCAUCUGGAAAACUUACUCCUGGUUCAAGAUCCCCGCACACCGGCCUUUGUACGUCAAGAUCAAAGACAUCGAUAUCUAUACCGGCAUGCGCGAAGGACAGGCCGAGAUGAUCAGUGGGCGUGGACUCACGGAGGAUGAGCGUAGGGCAAGUAUCGCUGAAUUGAAGGAGGAGCAGAAGAAAGGAGGUGUCGCUGGAUGGGCCAAGGCUACCGUUCGGUCCGUGUUCUAA